AUGAGCUUCAUUUAUCCACUACCUACAACUGGCUCCAUUUCCUUUGCCGAUUACUUACUUGACACAGAUAACAAAUACCUAAAUGAUAUAUCUGAGGCUACGGCUUUGCGUGGACGGGUACGUGCUGUUCUCAAAGGGGCUGCAAGAACGGAAGGCCCUAAAGAUUACACCAACAUUAUGAAGACUGUCGAUGACUAUUUACCUUAUUUACUCGCAAUUGUUGAUUGUAUAGAAGGCGGUCAACUGAAAUUGAAGAAAGAAUUUGAGACAUCAUGGCGCUGUUCAUUAAGUGAUUCUGUGCUAAAAAAGAAACCGCGAGUCGUCUGUCGUGAUAUAUACUAUGAAUUGAUUUUCACUCUAUUAACAUAUGGGUACGCGUGUUCAAAUUGGGCGUCUAGUAUUAUUCAACGACAAGAGGAGAUCGAUACGAAAUUGAAACAAGCGGCUGAUUUUUUUUGUAAGGCGGCUGGAAUAUUUGCAUAUAUUGCAGAGCAAGUGUGUCCACGCUGGAAUAAUCCGCCUGCUUCGAGGCCACCGGAUGUACUGAUGGAAAUGAUUACUUCGAUAUCAAAAAUUGCACUUGCUGAUGCUUCGUCUAUUGCAAUUCGUAAAGCACUCAUGUCACGAACUUCGUCUUCCCUCUUAGCGAAACUUGCUAUUGGCGUAGCUGGACAUUAUGAGAAGGCGAAUGGGCUUAUUAAAAGCUUGAAAGAUCCGCAAAAAGUAUGUGCCGACUUUCGAAAAUAUGUUUCAUAUGGGGCAUUAUUUCAUCAGGCGCUAGGCAAGAAAUUUUUGGCCAAAGACGCGUAUGAGCAUCAACAAAUGGGUAAAGCAGUGGGAUUUAUAACAGAAGCAAAAGAAGCAAUUCAUCAACUUUCGAAAUCCAAGUCGACUAUUAUUGCUUCUCACGCCUCCCAAGAAUAUACCGAAGUGGUUGCAUUAUACGCUAAUUACGUGAAUACUAAUGAGACAAUUUCUUUUGAAAAUGUUCCCAAUAAAGAGGAACUCCAAGCACUUAUACCAGGAGGACGUGUCGCAUUGGAUCUAACAAAAUACACACCACCACCACCAAGUUUUGGGCCUAGUCUAGAAAAAGAGGAUGAUGAUGAUAAUUAUAUACUUAAAGGCAGAUAUUAUUAA